UGUCUCGUGUUAGUCCCACUUAUCCUCAGCGAGAGAAAGAAAAAAAAAAAAACAAUUUAUCCAAAUUGAAGCUCAUCCCGUAAAUUCCGACCUACCUCAAAUUGGAUGCACGACAACGACAAGCACCCCCAAUAUUCGUAAUUUAAUCCCGAACACAGAUACUGGAUAAACAUAAACUAUCCCACUUUUAUGUCAAUAGAUUCUCCUUCAAAAACUUUGCUGGAUAUUUUUCUUCGAGCAAAAAGAUCUGAAACAGGUUAAUUUUCAUCGCCAAAUGCAGUCACUUAGUUUUAAUCUUAAUGCCGGAACGAAAGUGUCAUGGCCUGGUCGAUUUAACCAGGGAGAUGGAAGUAAGCAACAAAUUCACAUCAGAGGAAAUGUGAAGAUGUUUAGAAUCAUGGCGUGUGCGCCUGAGAUGAAUAGUGGUGCAGAGAGCCAGAGUUCUAGUCCCAGUCCAAGUGAGAGUUCCUUCCUUUCCCGUAGCCAGACCUAUGCACUUUUGAAACAGCAAAUGGAAGUCGCCACCAAAUCUGAGGACUACAAGCAGGCGGCGAGACUUCGUGAUUCAUUGAAAAUAUUUGAGGAUGAAGAACCUGUUUUGCGGCUUAGGAGAUUGUUGAAAGAGGCUAUUGCAGAAGAGAGGUUUGAGGAUGCAGCGAGGUACCGUGAUGAGUUAAAGGAUGUGGCUCCACAUUCUCUCUUGAAAUGUUCGAGUGACGCAACAACACUGGGUAUCAGGGUUCAAGUUAGAAGCGUGUAUAUAGAAGGUCGAAGUCAUCCUUCAAAAGGCCUUUAUUUUUUUGCUUAUAGAAUAAGAAUUACCAACAACUCAGAUCGUCCUGUUCAGCUUCUGAGAAGGCACUGGAUCAUCACUGAUGCUAAUGGAAAAACAGAAAAUGUCUGGGGGAUUGGUGUCAUUGGUGAACAACCGGUAAUACUUCCCAACACUGGUUUUGAAUACUCGUCUGCAUGCCCAUUAGGAACUCCAAGUGGAAGAAUGGUCCAUCACAAGGAAAAUGAAAAUCGCGAUUUGCUUUAUCCUACAUACAGACUGCGCACUCAUUCUUCUGCUCCUUUCAAUCAAGUCUAGAGGAUGAAGUUAGUGGUGAGAAAACAGGAAGAAUACGGAAUUUAGAACAUUCUCAAAUGCUUCUCUUAUAAACCUAGCACUUACUAAUACGUUCUGUAAAAUAUUUGCUAAGUGCUGCAUGCUUAAAAUUGGUUACUUCACUAAUUUCUGAUUGUCAUCUUAGCUUAAAAUAGCUUAACUUCACUAGUUGUCAUAUUUCUGUGUAUUCCUUUUUCUGGAUCAAGAUGAAUUGAUACACUUGUUUAAAUUGAAUAGCAGUGAUUGGAACUGGGAUGAAAAAAUUUCAGUUUUAUGGUUAUCAGGAUUCAAUUUGGAACAGGAGAUGUUAAAGAGAACUGAUUUUUCUGAGGUGCCAAGUAGUUAAAAACUAGGAUCUAUUCAAUUUUGUGUUUUAGUGGCACCAUGUUUUAAUAGAAUUAUACUCCUAAUAUUUUGGAGACCUACUAUUAGAUCCUUCUGAGUUUCUAUAAAAACUGUAAUUAGUGAUGGGCUUUAAUGGCUGCGAAACUUGCAAGAAGUCUCUCUGUGUCUUAUUCUUGAUCUGGAUUUGCAUUCAAUUGUCAUCAGUCGUUCUGGUUUUGAAAUUACCUACCUUCUCGGGUUCCCUCCCUUUAUCUCUGUUCCUGCAAUUUCUGACAU